CAAACAAAACGCAGCAGCGAUAGAAUGGAUUACGCAAAGUGCGUGGAUAUGGUGCAGGCAUAUCAAGUGCCGACUUCCUACCAGCCUCCGCAGUCGCUUGAAGAACUGGCCAAAAGCACGGACUAUCCGAACACAAACUCCACGCAGUAUCAGUUAACGGAGCCGGCGAAACGGCGCGAUGGCCAGCUGCUGCCCUUUUUCGAUCUGUUGACCGUGAAUGCCGCGGGCCACGUUAUCAUCGCCGGAAACGAUUACAAGUCUCGUCGCUGGGCCGGAAGCUUAUGUGGAUGGGAGUCGGUGGACGAUAUAGGCCACGAGGACAGGGUGUCCUUUGGGCGUCAGUGCGAAGGUUUUGUAACGGCAAUGAGCUACACGAAGGAUGACAUGUUGUUUGCUGUCGCUAGCGAUCGAGGAGCGAUCGAACUUUGGUCGACCGGAAACGCCCUGCAUGGCCCCGGUUACUCGUUGUAUCAGGUGGAUCACAGACACGAGCACAUCGGAGCCGUCACCGCGAUGGACAUAUUCCGAGGCACGGACCGCACGGUGAUCUCUGGUUCGACCGACGGUUGCCUGAAGUUGUGGGAUUAUGGUGAGGGAGAUCUUCACUCCAGUCGAACGAUGCAUUGCGCGCACACGGGACCGAUUACGGAAGUAGCGACCGAUACAAACCGAUCGUCGUUGGCUGUCACCUGUUCACAAGAUCGGUCCGCUCUUCAAUGGGACUUUCGGGAACUAAAACCAGCGACGGCCCUUUACGAAGGACACGACGCAGCUUUCAGUACUAUUUGCUGGGCAGAUGAAGCAAACUGGAACCAGCUAGUAGCAGUCGGGGAUGAAGCGGGACGCGUGCACUUUAUCGACGUCCGGCAGCCGAACAUGUUUCUUGAAACAAUCGACUGCUUUGACCGAAAGAUACAACGAAUCUCAUUCCACGGGAAACGGUUCGCUGUGCUUGCCAACGCACCGGAAGCAAAGUUUUACGAUGAACAUUCCAAGGAAAUUCACGUGGAGCGCAGUGCCUCGAAUUACGUGCGAGAUAUUGCGUGGGAUCAACGCUACACCGACAAAACUGUCUGUACGCUUAUCGGAUGGGACAGCUACGUUCAGAAAGUGACUAUCGACGUCUAA